AAGUCCUUUAUGCAAAUUGUCUUAGAUACCUGGUUGCAUCGUUCCAGUGUUAAGCAGUUGCGCUCAUUUUGGACGGUUCUCAAGCCGUGAUUAGGAAGUUACUUGUGGUUCCUGAGAAUUGAUGUUAAUUGUUUCUUGAACUGUUAUCAGCCAAUGGUGCAUGGAAACUUUGCUGUGGUUUUUGAAGCCUUAAGUUGGGGAUAGCCUUUGUGAAUGAAAGAAAGUUUAUAUGAAACAACUUGGAGCAUAAAUAAUGUCUGCACCAGCAAAAGACGAGACAGAGUUUAUCGUAACUCCUGUGAGUGCAGAUGAUCAGCCGGCUUCGGGAAAGCGAGGGACGUUGGAGAAGGAGAUCCCUGUGUUUGAGGAGUUGAACCAUGACGCAGAGAACACAGAUUCUUACAACCAGAACAGCAUUACAUAUCUCUUGGCCAACAGAUUCAGGGAUUUUGGAAAGAAGAUCCGGCAGUAUAGUAUAACAAGCGCUGACGAACCUUUGAUAAGGUAUAGGAAGCGGUUAAUAUCCAAAUAUGAGAGCCAAAACUAUGACAUCUGUGAGAAUCACUUGUAUGUGCAGGAGAUGGAAAAACAGAGGCAGAAUAAAAUUCGUCGCCUCUGGAUGGCCCGGUGGUUAAUCAUGUUUUUAGUGGGACUGGGUGUGGCUUUGGUUGCCGUGGCAGUGGCGAUGAUGAUCGAAUAUGCUGCUCAUCUCAAAUUUUCCAUUUUACAAAAAUAUUUUACCAAUUGUGCCAAGGAUAACUGUAUGUACAUCCCGGUGUUAAUGUGGGCCGGUGUAAACUUGGUCAUCUCGGUGCUGGCGGCUGCACUGGUGACGUAUGUGGAGCCAGCUGCAGCAGGUAGUGGCAUCCCACUGAUCAAAUCAUACCUGAAUGGUGUCAGGAUCCCAGGCCUGAUGUCCUUACGGGCUCUCAUAGCUAAAGGCCUGGGGGUUGUGUUGUCUGUGAUGGGAGGCCUGGCCUGUGGGAAGGAAGGCCCAAUGAUUCACUCAGGUGCUAUUGUAGCCGCUGGAUUGGCGAAGGGACGCUCAAGGAUAUGUAAAAAGGAUUUUAAUAUGUUUGACAGCUUCCGAAAUGACCGCGAGGUGCGGGACUUUGUCUCUGGGGGAGCAGCUGCCGGUGUUGCGGCUGCAUUUGGGGCUCCCGUGGGUGGAGUUCUCUUCAGUUUAGAGGAGGGAGCAAGUUUCUGGAACCAGUCGUUGACAUGGAGAGUGUUUUUUGCCUCCAUGAUCUCCACGUUCAGUGUGAAUGUGUUCCUGAGUUCUAUCCAUGGUCAUCCCACUGCCCUGUCAUCACCAGGUCUGGUCAGCUUUGGACAGUUCCCGGAUAUUAAAUAUGAUCUUCUAGAAAUUCCUAUUUUCUUCUUGAUGGCUGUGAUAGGUGGACUUAGUGGUGCUCUGUUUGUAUUUUUGAAUUAUAAACUGACAGUGUUUAGGCAAAGGUUUUUAGCUAAAAAAUGGCUGAAGGUUGCUGAGACGGGGCUAGUGGGUGCGAUGAGUGCAGUGCUGCCCUUUGUCCUCAUUUACUCUGUUAAUCAGUGUUACCACCCUCCAAGCGGGGAUCACGGUCACGGGGGUAGCGAGGGGCAUGGCACGGGAAAUCCUUCACAGGUGUAUUGUAAAGAAGGAGAACAGAAUAUCAUGUCUAUGAUAUUCUUGAGGACGCCGGAAUCAAGUCUGAUCGGAAUGUUACAUGCACAGCCAGAGGAAUACAAUGCCAUUGUACUCUCCAUCUUUAUCCCGCUGUAUUUCCUAUUGGCUGUGUGGACAUAUGGACUGAGCGUGUCCAGUGGGGUGUUCGUACCCUCCCUCCUCAUCGGGGCUUCCUGGGGACGGCUCAUCGGGCUUGGCAUUGCCAAAAUUUUUCCAUUUCUGGAGGCUAACCUGGGGAAGUACGCCUUGAUAGGAGCAGCCUGCCAGUUAGGGGGCACGGUCAGAAUGACCAUCAGUCUGACCGUCAUAUUGGUGGAGUGUACGGGAGACAUCACCUUUGGUCUGCCCAUGAUGCUGGUUCUCAUGAUCACUAAGUGGGUCGGCGACUUCUUUGACACCAGUCUUUACGACAUGAACGUCCACGUUGCAGGAAUUCCUCUUCUUCCCUGGGAUCCUCCGGCGAUGUCUGACAACUUAAAAGCCAAUGAUGUGAUGAAUGCCCCUGUGGCUGUGUUCAGGCCUGUGGAGAGGAUUGGGCGGAUUGUGAACACCCUGAGAACUGAGACGUUUUGUGGAUUUCCUGUCACAGAGGCACAGUCUGAUGCACCCAGAUAUCUAGCCCCACCUCUACCAUGUCCAAGGGCCAAAAAAACAGUGGAAUCUUGCGGCAGGUUAAAGGGCCUUAUCCUGAGAUCACAGCUCACAAUUCUGCUCAAAAAUAAAGUUUAUGCAAAGGAAGGGUCGUCCAUUCCAAAAAAUAUAAAGAUGGAAGAUUUUAGAAAUGAAUAUCCGUGGACAGUCAACAUAGAGGAUAUAACAAUCAGUGAUGAAGAAAAAGACUUUGUCAUGGAUCUGCGCCCCUACAUGAAUCCUUUUCCCUAUACCAUAUUUAAAGAAGUGUCCUUACCAAGAGUGUUUCGGAUUUUCCGAGGGUUAGGGUUACGCCACCUGGUGGUUGUAAGUGAUACAAAUGAGGUGCUGGGUAUGGUGACGAGGAAGGAUUUGGCUCGCUACAGGACUGAACCUAAGAGGGGAAUGCUGAAGAUGGAGAUUCUGGAUAUUCAGUAGAUGAGCACACAGUAUUAUAAUUAUUCUGGUUUUCUCAUCAUGAUGGAGUAGUGGUGUUGUAAGAAUAGAAACGAUGGCUCCGUGGACUGACUGCAUAUCUGGAAAAUUCUGUUUUGAGUGGAGUGCUGUUGUAAUAGUUUUCGUUCUCAAACUAUGCACGUCUUUGAUAGUUUAAAUUAGCACACAGUGUGUGUCCUCUUCUUAAAUUCAGGGAGUAGGCUAAAAAGAAAAUGACAAAAAAAAGAAAAAAAUGAAGGGAUGUAGUGGAAAAUUUUUUUACUUCACAUGAAAUUGUGCUUUAGUGAAUCUAGCGAUACCAUUUUGUUAUUAUUUUGUUUUGUCUUCAAACAACCAUAUUUUAAGGUGUAAAAGUUGAUAAUGUAUAAAAGCAUAUUUGAUAAUGUCAUGACAGAAAUAUGGACCCAGCAUGAAAGAUCUCAGAUUUUCUAUUAUGUGUAAAUUGUAUGAGAACAAUGUGAAAUCGUCAGAUGUCAUAUUUUAAUGAUUUUCUUCAUGUACAAAAUUAGAAAUCACACAUCUCAUAUAUACAUUUGGUGUAUUAUACAAUUUCAGGAAUGUUUGUUUGAGGUUUUACUGUUUACAAUCACAACAAUCACACUGCCGUUGAUAGUUUGCCCUUAAAAAAUCACCAAUUGUAACAAUUUGCCCCUCCCCCCCCCACACACACACACAAAGUCAAUUGUGACAAUCAAACACCAGUUGUAUGGUGUAAAUUAUCUCCUGUACAUUUUGCAUCUACUGGUUUUUGUUUCCUUUUUAUUCUUUGGUAGUUUUUGAGAAUGGAUUUUUUAUGUUUGAAGCAUAUUGAUGUGCACUGUGAAUUGCAUUAAUGAAGUCGUGUUUCAUUUUAAUGGUUGAAAAGGUUGUGAUCUACCCUAUUUUUUAUUACGUGUAUGUCUAUCAGGAGAGCAUUUGUGAUUUGAAGUUGUUGACAUUUUUUAUGAGACAUCUCUAAAAGGUGUCAGUUUGUUGUUUUAAUAUGAUGUCAUUUCUAUGUACAUGUAGUUAUAUAUUCUAGGCGUCAGGAUAAUUAUGCGAAUUUUAAUUACACCAAAGAAAAGAAUGUAAUGAAUUGAAUUUGAAAUUUGAUGUACAGCUAUAUCGUUUCCAGGCAUUUGUAAUGUACUUUUUAUGUAUACGACUGUUACUAGAAAAGUUGAUAUUGUGGUAAAAAACAUUAAAAAAAGCCAUCAAUUUUAACAGGAUUAAAAAAAUGCCAUGAUUUGAGCUCACACUGUUGAAAUUAUAGUCUGUUGUAAUAUUAAUAAUGGCCUCGGUCGUCUUUGUAAGCUUUGGUUGCUUAUGAAGAAUGAUUAAGCUGUUGUGAUGGCUUUGUUUAUUACAUAGUGAGCGUGUUUAUUAUGUAAUGAGUGUUUAUUACGUAAUAAGUGUUUGUUACAUAAUUAAUGUAUUUAUUAUGUAAUGAGUGUCGAAAACCUGUAUAUGAGGCAAGAAUUGACAGGGUUUAUAUGAUUCUCUUGUUGACUGCAAACUGCUCCUAUACUUCUUCACAUGGACAUUCACCUACUGAUAUGAUGUUGGUUAAAUACAGUAAUGCUGGUGUUGUGUGUUCUUGGUUGAAUGUUUCUGUAAAGUGUACCUUAAUGUGUAUUUGGGUGUUCCCUUGGGUUGGCUAUUCCAGGCCUGUUCCCUUAGCUUGGCUAUUCCAGGCCUGUUCCCUUAGUUUGGCUAUUCCAGGCAUGUUCCCUCAGCUUGGCUAUUCCAGGCCUGUUCUCUCAGCUUGGCUAUUCCAGGCCUGUUCCCUCAGCUUGGCUAUUCCAGGCCUGUUCUCUUAGCUUGGCUAUUCCAGGACUGUUCCCUCAGCUUGGCUAUUCCAGGUCUGUUCCCUUAGCUUGGCUAUUUCAGGCCUUUUCCCUCAGCUUGGCUAUUCCAGGCCUGUUCCCUCAGCCUGGUUAUUCCAGGUCUGUUCCCUUAGCUUGGCUAUUCCAGGCAUGUACCCUACUAUACAGAUGCACGCUUUCUUCAUUGUGUACUAGUAGUUGUUGAAUGGUAAUCCAAAAGAUAACCUUUCAUCAUUUUAGUUGUUAUUUAGCUGUGAUUUUUAUUGAAUGUUAGCAGUGAUAUUUUUAUUAUUAUUAUUAUUGUUAUUUCAAGCAAGUACACGUUAGCGACAUUUUGACUGCAUGAUGACAUUAUUAUAAUUUGGACAAUCUCUAAAGCUGUGAUCAGAGUGAUAUGUAUGAAUUGAACCAGUAUCUCAUCAUGCCUGUAUAAGUAAAGAGAUGACUAAGAGUUAGAAAUUCAGUUUACACAGGAAUAGUGCUUUAUUUUGUCACAAUGUUGUUAUUGUUGAGCAGUGUUAAUAUUUAUGUGUCGUUUUUUUCUGUAGUUGUUGACUUUAAUACUGAGCGAUAUUUAUUACCCCAGAGAUAUAAUAACUGGAAAGGAAUUUGUUAACCAUUUUUGUUAAAGUUUAAACCCAUAUAUACAUAUAGAUAUAUAUCUGUUAUGGAUUGUUUCAUCUUUAUUUUUAUACACCACAAGCUAUCCACAACUUGCAUUCGUUUUUAUACAGUAUAGUGCUUUUGACUCUGCCCCCUACCCACCCAUCAUUAUACCCCAGCCUGUGGCCAAUUCCACAAAGUCAUUUCUGAUUUAAGUCAAAAUUUGAAAUAAGAUUUCAAAGCUUGUUUUGGGGUUUUAGUAAUUAAAAUUCUGUACCCCACAUCAAUGUUAAGACAAAUGCGUCAAAAUUUCACUUUUCAGUAACAAAAACUAAGCGUCGUGCAGAGUUUUUAAGUUUUGACUUAAGUUAGAAAGGGCUGUGGGGAAUUAGCCCCUGGUCUUGAGCUAAAAAAAAAAAAUACACAAACAAAAUUUAUCAUUCAAUCUGUGUCACCAUUGAUGUUAAAACUACAGCUACACAUUUUCGCUGAUAUGUAGUAUUAAAAUGUAGGCUUUAUAUUUCAGAAGGGAAAUAUAUGCAGGGUAAUUUCUGGCAUUUAAACCAUUGACAAAAUACAUAUUCUCAGCUCGCUUGUUAAAAAAGAUUUUAGCUGGCUCUGAAUUUGAUUGGUGUUACCA